AUCGACAACUGCACCAGUAUCCGAUUUUUCUGCAAAAGUGGGUGUGUGCUAUUUGGUUUGCUAAAAAAGAUUCCUUGAAUUUUCAAAGGUUAAAUAUAAAAGAACAAUGUCUGCUAGCCCAAAGCCUGUUAAGAAAGUGCCCAUACACUUACAAAGUGCCCAAAAUCGAAUAUAUAUUAAAAACGGCGAAGUCGUAAAUCAUGAUAAAAGUUUUAAAGCGGACGUUUACAUCGAGGAUGGUAUCAUAAAAUUUGUUGGGCCUGCUUUCGAAAUAACAAUACCUGGAGGCGUGCGUAUCAUAGAUGCAACGGGAAGAAUGAUUAUACCGGGGGGCAUUGACCCUCAUACCCAUCUUCAAUGUCCUAUAGGAGACAACGUUACCGUUGAUGAUUUUUAUCGGGGAACAAAAGCGGCAGUGGCUGGUGGCACUACAAUGAUAAUUGAUUGUGUACUACCCAAGAAACACGAGUCAAUGGUGGAGGCUUACGAUAAGUGGCGUAGCUGGGCGGACCCUAAAGUAUGUUGUGACUAUGCUUUACAUGUGGGCGUAACUUGGUGGUCCAAGUCGGUUUCCGAGGAGAUUGGCAUACUAUGCAAGGAACUAGGCGUAAAUUCGUUCAAAAUGUAUAUGGCCUAUAAAGGCCUCUACAUGUUAAGCGAUUCUGAGCUUUUGGAUAUUUUCGAGCGAAUUAGAAGCCUAAAUGCAGUGGCAAUGGUGCAUGCCGAGAAUGGUGACAUCAUAGCGAAGAAUACCAAAAAUUUGUUAGCCGAGGGAAUCUGCGGGCCCGAGGGGCACGAAUUGUCACGGCAGGAGGAAGUUGAAGCAGAGGCUGUACACCGCGCUUGCAUUUUAGCCCACCAGAUGAAGACACCUCUAUACGUUGCCGGUGUAACAUCCAAGUCCUCUGCAGAACUCGUAGGUCGUGCCCGUCGUAGCGGCUAUUCCGUGUUCGGUGAAACGCUUGCAAGCUCUAUUGGCCGCAGUAUGAGCAGUGUUAGCAAAUCGGAACGAGUUUAUUAUAUUACUAGUCCACCAAUUCGUAUGUCGGCAGAAACGCCAAGGCAAUUAAUGAAAUCUUUAGCAUACGACGAUCUACAGGUGACAGGGAGUGAUAACUGCACCUACAAUAAGAAACAAAAAGAACUGGGUUUAUUUGACUUUACUAAAAUACCAAAUGGUGUUAAUGGUGCUGAGGAUCGGAUGUCGGUGGUGUGGGAGAAGGGAGUACAUCAGGGCCUUCUUGAUCCAUGUAGAUUUGUGGCUGUAACUAGCACUAAUGCCGCAAAAAUUUUUAAUAUUUACCCACAAAAAGGACGAAUUGCUGUUGGCUCGGAUGCUGAUAUUGUUAUAUGGAAUCCACAGGCUACACGUACCAUUUCUAAAGAAACCCAUCAUCAUGCUUGUGACAUAAAUAUUUUCGAAGGUAUGACUGUUCAUGGUGUGGCUGAAUAUGUAUUAGUGCGCGGACGAAUUUGUGCCGAGAAUGGAUCCGUUCGCGUUGCAGAAGGGUUUGGACGUUUCAUACCAAUGCCACUACGGCCGCCAUUUGUUUAUGACAUUAUUGAGGGAAAAGUGCGAUCAUCUGAAGAGCAGCACGAGGAAAAUCAAAACGGCCACUUGGCUAAAAAAUUUGCUGAAUUAGACAUUCUAAUACCAGAAGAAAAAAAUAUUUCUGCAAUGCUAGCUGGUAAUAUGCCAUUGGCGGCAGGAGGUUCCCCUUGCAGCACGCCAUCUGUGCGUGGCCGUGUUGAUGGCCAUCGAGACAUGCAAGAAUCAUCUUUUUCGAUUAGCGAGGAACUAGACAAAUCCAGUGUUCGUUCUUGUAUUAAAGUUAAGAAUCCGCCAGGCGGGAAAUCAUCUGGAUUUUGGUAAAGCAACUGGCGUUAUUUAAGGGUAUAAUAAUCGCACAACGCGGUCAUUAUAACAAAAAUCUGGGCUUAUAUAAAAUUAGAUAUCCAAACACCAAAAAUUCCAUUCAUAUACCCUCAAAUUAACUUAAAUAUAGCCGCGAAAAUUGUUUAUUCACAUCAAUUUCUAGGUUAAUGAAGUGACAUCAAUAUAUUUGAAUAUAGCUUAAUUUUCGUUGAAUAUACUCAGUGUUUAAAUUUUAUGAAUUUGAAGCUACGUUUAAUUUUUGGUAUUUUCAAAAUAAAUUAUCAGAAUAUGUACACAAUAUAAUUGCUAUUGAUUUUACGUUACUUUGUAGGUAUGCACUCUUUAUUUAAAAAUGAUGAUUGACAAAUUAUUUAAUUAAAAAUUAACUCAAAUUACGCAUUACAAUAUACAGUUAUUUACGCUUGAUACAUAAUUACAUUUGUUUCUUCAACAAUAUACAUAAAUACUCAUGUUGCAAAUAAAAUACUCCCCUAUCUGCCUUUUGACAAAUAUGCAUUUAAAAUCUAACUCUAAUAUAAUUCAGAGGGUAAUUAGGAGCCUAAGUAAAUGAUUCCGAAUUUUCAACAAAUUUAUUGGGUCAAUAUAAUUGAAUUAAUAAUUUAUAUAAACUGAAUCGAUUAACUCAUGAGGUCCAAUAAAAGUUUCUGUUUUGCA